AUGCCUCAAUCCGCCGAGCUGUCCGUCGCCAUUUACGAAGAGUCGGACAAGAAGCUGGCUCACUGGGCCAUUCACCUGCGCGUUGUAGAUGGUGGCGACGACGACUUCCACCACUUCGUCUACCAAGCCAACGAGAACGCAGAAGGGAGGCUCGAGCUCGACAUCAGCGAGGUAGACCCCGCGAACACCAUUCGUCUCAAGCGGCUGGUCUUCGUCGCCAUGAUCGACGGCGAGGGGACCAUCCGGGAGGUCAAGCAGACCAUAGCGCAGCAGCCUAUCCGACACGACAUAGUCACCUGGAACUGCCAGGACUAUGUCUUGGAAACGCUCAGCACGCUUCACGACAAAGAAUACCUACAGGAUUACGAGUACGAUGAGGCAAAGGCCACCCUCGAGGAUCUAUUCUACAACUAG